CCGCGGCGAAUCUCGGCGACACCUCAGCAUAAACUUUUCCCACGCGGCGGUUUGCGGUUGGGGGCUUUAAAACGCGGAAUGUACACUCGAGGUUCGGACUCACGGUCCAGGAGGGAUGGUUUGCUCCUCAGUAUUUUUAUUUUUUGCGUUAUGUGUGCAUCUCGUAGGAUGUUGAUUGGGGGAACUAUUCGUGCGGAAGAGGCGAAAGCCCCUCCUGGCACCUAGAUUUGUGCACCCGGCACUUCAGUUUGAAGCAGCCAGUGUUACUUAUCACUUGGAACAACCCUUUCUCUUCCUCAAUUUCUUUGUAAGUCUUCUUAAGUUUCCAAGCCGAAUCGUGCGGAAGGCGCUUCUCUCACGUUCACCAGCUUCGAACAAGUUACUGCUGGUUCCGAUUUACUACGGCCCGCUCCCCAAUCUCCCACCUCCCGUAUACCUACAGGAAGGACCUGACAGGAUGUGGCGACCCCGAGAGAGGCGGGAAGGACUGGUGCCACCACUCUUCCCCUCGGGGCCAGCUAAGCUUCUUCUCACAGGUGAAGCAAAUCAUGGAGGAGGCUGUCACCAGGAAGUUUGUACAUGAAGACAGCAGCCACAUUAUCGCUCUGUGUGGUGCGGUGGAGGCUUGCCUCCUGCAUCAGCUGAGACGCCGGGCUGCUGGCUUCCUGCGCAAUGACAAGGUGGCAGCCCUGUUCACCAAGGUGGGGAAGACAUGCCCAGUGGCUGGGGAGAUUUGCCACAAGGUCCAGGAGCUGCAGCAACAAGCCGAGGGCAGGAAACCCUUGCGGGGCAGCCAGGAGGCCCUGCGGAGACAGGGCUCUGCCAGUGGGAAGGCCCCGGCCCUCAGCCCGCAGGCCUUGAAGCACAUAUGGGUACGCACGGCGCUCAUCGAGAAAGUGCUGGACAGGGUUGUACAGUACCUGGUGGAGAGCUGCAGCAGCAAGUUCUAUGAGAAGGAGGCUUUACUGGCAGACCCUGUGUUUGGCCCCAUCCUGGCCUCUCUUCUAGUGGGGCCCUGUGCCUUGGAAUAUACCAAGCUCAAGACAGCUGAUCACUACUGGACCGAACCCUCCGCAGAUGAGCUGGUCCAGAGGCACCGAAUCCGGGGUCCCUCCAAUCGCCAGGACUCCCCCGCAAAGCGCCCAGCCCUGGGAAUUCGGAAGCGGCACUCAAGCGGCAGUGCCUCAGAGGACCGGCUAGCUGCCUGUGCCCGUGAGUAUGUGGAGUCCCUGCAUCAGAACUCAAGAACGCGGCUGCUCUAUGGCAAGAACAACGUGCUGGUGCAGCCGAAGGAAGACAUGGAGGCUGUCCCUGGCUACCUCUCCCUGCACCAGUCUGCAGAGAGCCUGACUCUGAAGUGGACCCCCAACCAGCUUAUGAAUGGGACUCUGGGGGACUCAGAGCUGGAAAAGAGUGUUUACUGGGACUAUGCCUUGGUCGUGCCCUUCAGUCAGAUCGUCUGCAUCCACUGCCACCAGCAAAAGAAUGGUGGCACACUCGUGCUGGUGAGCCAGGAUGGCAUCCAGAGGCCACCGCUGCACUUCCCCCAGGGAGGACACCUCCUGUCCUUUCUGUCCUGCCUGGAGAAUGGGCUCCUGCCUCGCGGACAGCUAGAGCCCCCACUCUGGACCCAGCAGGGAAAGGGGAAGGUGUUCCCCAGGCUACGGAAACGCGGCAGCACACGUUGUGUAGACAUGGAGGAGAUGGGCAUGGGCCGGGCCACCGACUAUGUGUUCCGGAUCAUCUACCCUGGCCACCGGCACGAGCACAUCACUAUUAACUACCACCACCUAGCGGCCAGCCGUGCGGCCUCGGUGGACGAGGACGAGGACGAGGACGAUAAACUGCACGCGAUGCUGUCAAUGAUCUGCUCGCGGAACCUCACAGCUCCCAAUCCGAUGAAAGAUGCUGGCGACAUGAUCGAGAUGCAGGGCUUUGGGCCUGGCCUGCCAGCCUGGCACCUGGAGUCCCUGUGCAGCCAGGGUUCCUCCUGUCUCUCCUGCUCUUCCAGGAGCUCCCCAUAUGCAACCUCCAGCCACUGCAGCUGCAUCCCCGACCGGUUACCCCUCAGGCUUCUGUGCAAGAGCAUGAGGCGGCAGAUCGUGUCCCGGGCCUUCUACGGCUGGCUGGCCUACUGCCGCCAGCUGUCCACGGUCCGGACCCACCUGUCAGCGCUGGUGCGUCACAACAUUAUCCCACCCGACCGGCCUCCGGGGGCCACGGGUGGCCUCACCAAGGAUGUGUGGAGCAAGUAUCAGAAGGACAAAAAGAACUACAAGGAGCUGGAGUUGCUGCGGCAAGUUUACUACGGAGGCGUGGAGCACGAGAUCCGCAAGGACGUCUGGCCCUUUCUGCUUGGCCACUACAAGUUUGGCAUGAGCAAGAAAGAGAUGGAGCAGGUGGACAUGGUGGUGGAAGCCAGGUACCAGCGAGUGCUGGCAGAGUGGAAGGCCUGCGAGGCGGCGGUGCGGCAGCGGGAGCGGGAGGCUCAUCCGGCCACGCUCACCAAGUUUUCCUCAGGCAGCAGCAUUGACAGCCACGUGCAGCGCCUCAUCCAUCGAGACUCCACCAUCAGCAACGAUGUGUUUAUUUCUGUGGAUGACCUGGAGCCCCCAGGCCCUCAGGACACUGAUGAUUUGGGGCCAAAGCUGGAGCCAGAGCCAGGAGCCGGGCCCCCAGGCACCGGUGCGGUGGAGCAGCAGCAAUCCGUGGAGUUCGACUCCCCAGACUCAGGCCUGCCGUCCUCCCGCAACUACUCUGUGGCUUCGGGCGUCCAGUCGAGCAUAGACGAGGGGCAGAGCGGGGGCUUUGAGGAGGAGGACGGCGCUGGGGAGGAAGACCCCGCUGGGCUGGGCCCAGGGACCCUGGCUUUCUUUGAGCCCCAAGAUCCCAGCCAGGAGGAGGCCCCAAGGACUGGUGCACUGGAGGAAGGGGAGAAGCUGGCGGCCGUGUGCGCUGCGGCCUACACUAUAGAGUUACUGGACACCGUGGCCUUAAACCUGCACCGCAUAGACAAGGAUGUUCAGAGAUGUGACCGCAACUACUGGUACUUCACAGCCCCCAACCUCGAGAGGCUCCGAGACAUCAUGUGCAGCUACGUGUGGGAGCAUCUGGACGUGGGCUACGUGCAGGGCAUGUGUGACCUGCUGGCCCCUCUCCUGGUCAUCCUCGACAAUGAUCAGCUGGCCUACAGCUGCUUCAGCCAGCUCAUGAGGAGGAUGAGCCAGAACUUCCCCAAUGGGGGUGCCAUGGACACCCACUUUGCCAACAUGCGCUCCCUCAUCCAGAUCCUGGACUCAGAGCUGUUUGAACUGAUGCAUCAGAACGGAGACUACACCCACUUCUACUUCUGUUACCGCUGGUUUCUGCUAGAUUUUAAGAGAGAGCUGCUGUACGAGGAUGUGUUUGCUGUGUGGGAGGUGAUCUGGGCAGCCCGACAGAUCUCCUCAGAGCACUUCGUCCUGUUCAUCGCCCUGGCCCUGGUGGAGGCCUACCGUGAGAUUAUCCGUGACAACGACAUGGACUUCACCGACAUCAUCAAGUUCUUCAAUGAACGGGCAGAGCAUCACGAUGCCCAGGAGAUCCUGCGGAUUGCCCGGGACCUUGUCCACAAGGUGCAGAUGCUCAUAGAGAACAAGUGAGGGCUGCAGCUGCAAGGCAGCAGCCAUGCUGCAUGGACCUGGGCUCCAGGCUCCCGGGCCCAGCAGAAGAAGUGCAGGGGUACGGGGGACUCCCAGGUGAUCCCGCCUGCCCAUCUGUGUUCCUAACAAAGUGAUUGUGAGCCUAGAUUCCGACUCCGGGCAGUGCUGGUUCUGCAGGGCAGGUCGGGGCCCAGGAAGCCAUCAGAUCAGGGCCGGGCUGGGAGGGAUUGGCCUCAGGGAGCUGCUGGCUUGGGGGACACCUACUGCACUCCUCUGUCCAACAGCUGGGGAUGCCCCACUGCUCCAGUGCUCCCUGCAGCGUCUGCCUGGACUCUCCUGAGUCAUCUGGGACCCUGGAGUUAGCAGAGGCUGAGGUUGCCUUGCCUAGUGAGGGAUGCUUAGAGUAAGGCAGCUCUGGGCCAUCGCUCUUCCCAGAGCCCCUUUGCAGGCCCCGGGAACGUGCAGCAGCCCCAGCUGGGGCAGCCGGAAGGACCGCCAGUUUGGGCAUGUGCCCCAGGCGCAGGAGCUCUGGGCCACCUUCCGGGCCCUCCCCCGAGGUGCUGGGGCAGCCAGAAGAUGCAGGCCCUGGGUAGGAGCAGCCCACUUCAGCAGCACUGCCACUGCCUCUGGCACCUGAGGUGACCUCCGUGCACUCCCUCGCCCCGUACAGUGCACCCACGGGUAUCUGUACAGUAUCACUCCUACUCUUCCCUUGCUUUGUGCACCCCUGGAAACUACAUGAUGGUUUUGCUCAAUGAUGUGGAAUGCAGUGGGGGUACUUGCUCUCCAGAGGAAUCUGGGAGUGGUUCCAUUGGGAGGCAAGCCCAUCACAGCCUCCUCUCAGGGACAGGCCCCGCAGCUCUGGGGCAGCCCAUCACCACCCCAGGUAUCCGCUAAGUUCCUGGGGCUGAAGGGGGGAUGGGGCCUGGGUCGUCCCUGUCUGUCCCUGGGGAGAAUUAUGGCUGGCUCUGCCUUCCACAUGCUUCCCAGGCUGCCAAGAGGCCCAGGGACCCUUGGAGGAGCCUCAAACAUUGGGGUGCUAGGAAGGGCCCAGCUCCUGACCCCCGGCCUAGGCAUGCUGCUUGCUCUGUCCCCUCACUGCCCCCUUCGCCUGGGGCCUCAUCUACCAGAGGCUGGGCUUGCCUAGCAGUCACUGGGGUCUGGUAGAGUCCCUGCAUCUGAGAACUGGGAAGAAAGGCCCAGCAGCCCUUCUGCAUCCAGCACAGCCUUUCCAGCCCACCCCGCCCCUGGGUUCUGCACGGCCUGUUUGAGGGCCAACCUGCCCCAUGCCUUCCCAUGUCACCUGUGAGUCUUUGGCCUCCACCAAGCACGGGUGGCCAUUGUGUGCCUGCCUUAGUGACUCAGUGGUUUUGUGAGGAGCAGAGUGUGUGUUUUUUGACUCAGAAACUAUACUCUUCAGUGUAACAAUAAACAGCAUUUGGCAACA